AUGCAUGCCAAACAAAUAGUUGAUCAAGUUCAACUAAAAGAAGGCAAAGGAAUGGUUAAACAAAUCUAUGAUUAUCUGAGAGGGGAACAAACUCAGCCUGACUGGAAGUCUCUAAUGUUUAAGAAUGCAGCAAGGCCAAAAGCUAACUUCACACUAUGGAUUCUGAUGAAUAGGAAGCUAGCUACAGUGGAUAGACUUGCUAAAUGGGGAUUAGCACAUGAUACAACUUGUGUACUGUGUAAAAGUGUGGAUGAAAGUCUGGAUCAUAUGUUCUUACAGUGUCAAUAUGCAGGGGAAGUAUGGGAAAGAGUAUUAACAUGGGCUGGUUUCCAGAACAACAGGCCAAAGACUUGGGUACAGUUUGUGCAUUGGUGUAUUCAACAUGGGAAAGGGAAGACUACAAAAGCUCAACUAUUCAAGAUGAUUCUAGCUGAAGGUGUGUAUGCUGUGUGGAAUGAGAGAAACAAGAGAAUUUUUGAAGACAAGAAGUGCUUGAUAGAUGAGGCUGUGAUAGCUGCUUGUUUUGUAAUGUUGGUUCAGGUAAUUAAUGAAUUGGUUACCAAAAAUAAAUAA